AUACAUGUCCAAUUAGUUUCGUUGAGCUAGCUAUUCAGGGACAUCUCUGGCGGCGGACUGCUGUUACCGUGCCAGACAAGGAUCGGAGCUUAGUGCAAUAACCAUGACGACAGAAAUCUCCACCUCCAUAAACAUCAAGGAGCCUCGAUGGGACCAAGGGACGUUUAUGGGCCGGGCCAAACACUUCUUCACCGUUACCGACCCCCGCAACGUCCUGCUUACCAACGAACAACUAGAGAAUGCACACAAAGUCAUCAGUGACUACCG